GGGCGGUGGGGCCCGGCGGGGCCGCCAGCUGUCAAAGAGGCAUCCAGGGCUCCGCCAGCGAGAGCAGCCUUAUGUAUCCCUAAGCUGCGAAGCCCCCUUGGCUCCUCUCGCCAUGAACACCGAGGAGCAGUAUUACGCCUCGGCGCAGCUCUACAAGGAGUCGUGUGCGUUUCAGAGAACCCAAGCGCAGGACUACAACCCCAGCCCCCCCGCCUGCCUGUACAUGGGCAGGCAGCAACAGACUCCUUAUUCCAGCGCCUUAGGGGCUCUCGAGCAAGGCAGCCCUCCAGAUAUUUCACCUUACGAGGUGCCCCCCAUCACUGAGGAUGCCGGGGUCUCCCACCUUCAUCACCAUCACCACCACCACCCUCAUCUUCCUCCUCCCCACCAGGACGCGCUGCCUUUCGCAGACGGGGCGGACACGGGGGCUAUAGAGGAGCCCCGAGUGCAGGUACCUUUCGCCUGGAUGAAGUCCACCAAAUCGCACGCCUGGAAGGGACAGUGGACCGGUGGAUCCUACAUGGUGGAACCGGAGGAGAACAAGCGGACGAGGACGGCGUACACGCGGGCGCAGCUGCUGGAACUGGAGAAGGAGUUUCUCUUCAACAAGUACAUCUCCAGGCCGCGGCGGGUGGAGCUGGCUGUCAUGUUGAACUUGACCGAGAGACACAUCAAGAUCUGGUUCCAGAACAGGCGGAUGAAGUGGAAGAAAGAAGAAGACAAAAAGCGAGGGGCGGGCAACAACAAUGACCCCGAACAAGACUGCGUUGUGUCCUCCGGGGAGCUGCAGACCAAGGAGGAUCUCCAGCCGUGCCCCGCCGGGAACCUUCCCUCGGGAGCCUCCAGGGACCUUCUCGCCCCCAGCCUAGUCCCCAGAAGGCAGCAGGACUCUCGGUGAGCCGCGGGGAGCUCCACGGCCCGGGACGAGGAAUAGGAUGGGACAUGGAAAAGAGCAGAGAGGUUGGCGCCAGCUUCUCUCUGCCGUGCCGUGCCGUGCCGUGACGUGCCGUGCCGACCCACUCGCGCCUUCUCCCGGGGAAACGCGGUGCCUCCACUCCGAAAGUCUCGUCCUCCGGAGGGUAAAUGUAAGAUACCCAGUUGUAGCAAGAGAAGGCUCGCUGUGGGCGCUAGCGCCGGAGGAGGCCGCAGGGAGCCGCCGGGAUGGCGGGGAGCUGGGCCCCGCUCCCCCGGGCCGCCUGCGUCUCCGCGAGCCCUACGGGAUAGCUUCCCCCGGGAAGGUGGUUGUCAGGUGGCCACCGACGGUGUGUGCCACCCUGGGUGCACGGAGAGGUCCGGAAACCGGAGGAGAAGGGAGUGCAAGCUGCCUUCUUUGCCGCUGCUCGGUCGGAGCUCGCGUCCCGCCGCGUCCGUCGGUCCACAGGCCGGAGUAUCCCGCACCAUCCACGGGCUGGCGCGCCGCCGUCCCCGUCCCUUCCAGUCCCUCAGGGCAUCGGCUCUACCGUGGACUCUCUCAGGACUGUUACUUCUUUGGAAACUGGAACCUGGUUUAUUUCGUUUUCUUUUGCUUUUAGGAAAGAAAGAUGGGGGGGGAAGAAAAAAAAAAGAGAGAAAAAAAUUAAAAAAUUAGGAAAGAAAAAGCCCACGUGUCCUGCGGGCAGGAUUUGUCUCACCCGAUGACCAGCACAGGUAGCCAGACCCUUCUCCAGGCUCCGCCAGCGGCUGUGGGGACCCUGCGCUGCUGCUCGCGGGACUCCCCGGCUCCAGGACUGCGCUCGCCUCUUCCAGGGGGGCAAUGCGAGCCCAGGGGUGCAGCAGAAAAAGUGGCUGGUGCUCUCCGGGUGGCGAGCAGACAGCCAGAUAUAUCUGGGGGGGUAGGGUUAGUCCCAGGGACAUUGUCCUUUGGGAAAAAGCUCCUGCCUCUCUUCCAACUCUUUCGCAAGCUCGGACUCUGCCUUGGAGAAGAGAAACCUCUCUGCGGCAUGAGCUCAUGUCCCGGCGUGGCUCUCUGCGUGGUUUGUCUCUGCAGACGUGUUUUUACACCCAGCAGAGGCUGGGGCCCGGCUGCCUCCCGAGGCACUGCAGAGCACCGGGGGCUUUUCCUCGGUGCUGUUUUUCGGCCCUGCCCGGUGUGCGGGAGGGCUCGGCUCCUCCGGGCUGGAGCGGGGAUAGAGCCCAGCCGGGAAAAACGGGGAGCGGAGUCCGGGGCCGCCCCGGGCCCAGCCUGCCUUUCCCGCUUUCAGGAACAGCUUCCCCGUCCCGACAACGGCGGGGGCUGCAACUCAGCGGGGGACAAUUCACAGCCGAACUAGGAACAGAAAACACAGGUUGGAAGGAAGCAGGAACUGUCCGGUUUGCUGUCGGUCAGGCAGAUCUGCCUUCUUUCCUCGACGGGGAGGUUCCUGUCCCGUACCCGGCAGCAGCAACGCCUCGAGCAUCCCUCGGGGACCUCCACAGGCCCUCCGGCGCUGCGGCCCGGGAGCGCCAUGGGAAGAGGAAAAUGAGGACAACCUGUCUCACCCUGGCCAGAGGAUGUUCCCAGUCCCUCGGCUGAAAACGAGGGGGAGAGCAAAUAGCUUGGCACAGCUCUUUGGUGUUUUCUCGUUUCACAUGGAACUUCUAACACUAAGGUGGAAACUGAACUGAAGGAGUAAUUUGUCUGUUGCUUCUCUUUCCUCUGGGCACAUUACUGUCUGUGUGCAAACAGGACUAUUUCUGGUACUUUUUCCUGCAAGUUACUGAGAAAUUUAUCAUCCGAGCCUGUAUAUCCUUGUUCAUCAAAAUGCAGUCAAUGAGUGAGAACUGUUACUAAUCAUUAUGUGAGCAAAAUUCAAAUAAAGCUGUUCUGC